AUAAACAGUACAAGAAGAAGAAGAAGAAGGAAAAAGAAGAAACAGCAGCAGCGACCUUUCUCUGAAAACAUCCUGUUCGGCGCAGCAAAAUAUUGUAUAAUGAACCUGUUCUUCAUGAGAGCUAGCAUUUGAUCAUCUGUAUUGAAAAUUUGUGAUUCUCACACAGCUGUUGUUAAACAAAGCACUGAGUUUGGUUUCCUGUUUGAUGUAAAGUGGCAGCCAUGAGCGACAGUCACCCUCUGCGCCCGCUGGGCUCGGCAGCUGAGGUUGACCACAUGCACCUUCUCUCCGAGCAGCUGGCAGCGUUGGUGCCCGCCGAGGAAUACAGCGACGUCACGUUUCUGGUGGAGGAGAAGCGGUUUCCUGCUCACAGAGUCAUCCUGGCUGCUCGCUGUCAGUACUUCAGAGCUCUGCUGUACGGUGGGAUGCGGGAGUCUCAGCCGCAAGCCGAGGUCCGUUUGCAGGACACUCGAGCGGAAGCGUUCUCCAUGCUCCUGCGCUAUCUGUACACAGGCAGAGCCAACCUGAGCGAAGCCAAAGAGGAAACGCUGCUGGACUUCCUGGGCUUGGCGCACCGCUAUGGUCUCCAGCCACUAGAGGCCUCCACCUGUGACUAUCUGCGCACGCUGCUCAACGCACAGAACGUAAGUUUGAUCUUCGACGUGGCCAGUCUGUACCACCUGAGCAGCCUGGCCGAGGCAUGCUGUUCCUACAUGGACCGGCACGCUGUGGAGGUGCUCAAGUCCGACGGCUUUCUCGCACUCUCCAAGUCGGCCCUGCUGACCGUAGUGCAGAGAGACUCGUUCGCAGCGAGUGAGAGAGAGAUCUUCCAGGCCCUGUGUCGCUGGUGCAAACAGAACAGCGAGGACCCCGGUGCACGCGAGGUGAUGUCAGCCGUGCGGCUGCCCCUGAUGAGCCUGUCCGAAAUGCUCAACGUGGUCCGACCCUCCGGCCUGCUGAGUGCCGACGAGCUGCUCGACGCCAUCCAGACCCGCUCGGAGAGGAGGGACAUGGAGCUGAACUACCGCGGCAUGCUCAUCCCAGAAGAGAACAUAGCCACUAUGAAGCACGGAGCCGUGGUAGUGAAGGGCGAGCUGAAGUCGGCUCUGCUGGACGGAGACACUCAGAACUACGACCUGGACCACGGCUUCACCAGACACCCGAUAGAGGACGAUGGACGCAGCGCAGGGAUCCAGAUCCGCCUGGGCCAGCCAUCCAUCAUCAACCACAUGCGCCUGUUGCUCUGGGAUAAAGACAGCAGAUCCUACUCUUACUACAUUGAGGUGUCUAUGGACGAGCUGGACUGGGUGCGAGUGGUGGAUCACUCCAAGUUCCUGUGUCGCUCCUGGCAGAACCUCUAUUUCCAAGCCCGUGUCUGCAGGUUUAUCCGUGUUGUUGGUACACACAACACCGUCAACAAGGUCUUCCAUUUGGUGGCUCUGGAAUGUAUGUACACACAGCAUCCUUUCAUCCUGGAGAAUGGCCUUCUGGUCCCCAGUGAGAAUGUAGCAACAGUGCAGGCGUGUGCGAGCGUGGUGGAAGGCGUGAGCCGCUGUCGAAAUGCCCUGUUAAACGGAGACACAAACCACUACGACUGGGACUCGGGAUACACCUGCCACCAGCUGGGCUCCGGAGCCAUCGUCAUCCAGCUCGCCCAGCCUUACCUGCUGGGCUCCUUGAGGUUGUUGUUGUGGGAUUGUGAUGAGCGAAGUUACAGUUAUUAUGUGGAGGUCUCCACUAAUCAGCAGCACUGGGUCCGAGUGGUGGAUCGCACUCGAGUGGCGUGCAGGUCAUGGCAGACGCUGCUGUUUGAGAGACAGCCAGCUUCCUUCAUUCGCAUUGUGGGGACGCACAACACAGCUAAUGAGGUGUUUCACUGUGUGCACUUUGAAUGCCCGGCUCAGCUUGACACCGAGGUCAAAGAGGGCACUCCAGGCUUGGAGCCCCCAAACAAAGACCACAGUACCCAGCAUGCUCAGCACUCCCAGCUCCAGGGCCUCACCGCUGAGAGAUCCACCACUUCCUCCUUGCACACAUAGGAAUGUGAAUCUUGCAGUGUUUGCUCAAACGUAUGCAUAUGACAAAACACAUCAGGCGCUUCUGUCAUAGGUUUGUGUCCCAGCAUUACGUGCUGCUAAUAGUAUAUAAACAAAAAUAUAUUUAUAAUAAAAUUCCUUAGUUAUCGUUAUGGGGUUGAUGAUAUUUAUGAAGACAUUGCUGUAUAUGGGCACUUAGUUUGUUCUAUUCCAACUACUACACAAUCUUUGGAGUCUUUUUACUGUGGAUAACUUCCUAGAAUGUUUUCAUCGCUUUUAACGGUGUAAUUCUUUUUUUUUUCCUGGAUGGAUGCAUGAUAUUAGAAGUGAAAAUAUAUAUAUAAAAAAUUA